AUGAUUAUGAAUGCAUUUAUCACGAUCACGAGACCUAGCCAAAGACCUCUUCUUGGCACCGAUACCUCCUACGUCUUAUCACGAUCAGGAGAUCUAGUCAAAGACAUCUCCCUGGAAUCAAUAUCCCAUGUCUUAGAAACUCCCUCUGUACGGCGCCGCCACUACGAUAUGGAUAUCCAUACUACCCUGAUGACGCGGCAAGAUCUCGUGAUCGAGAUCUUGCCGUUUACAUACAAAACUCAAUUUGGUGGCAUGUUUUAG